GGAACAGACCCUAGGUUUGCUCAUAGCCACAGUAUAUGGUGUAUAUUACACAAUGAUACAAUGUAACUGCAGAGAUGUUCAUGUUGUAACAACACACGGGGCUUUGAAGUAAAUCUGUUUAUUUGUUGCCGGGUUGGAAACCAUUAUGGCAGCUUCACAAGCCCAAGGAUCUAUUACCCAUUGUGUGCAGAUGAGCAGCAGUAUAAUUAACCCUCACAUCCCUGUAACCUUUAGUGACCCCCCCAAACCCUUUAAACAGGAAGUUUUGCUAGAAACUAACUUUAAUUGUUAAAUAUUCUAAAACAACUGGUCUUCUUUUUUUAAUGUUUAGCAUUUUCCCCUGCAGUUCCCUCCCUUCUAUUUACUAAUAAUAACUAUAUAUGAAUAUCAUACAUGUGCAUUUAGAGAGGUGAGCUUUGUGUGAGUGGUGCAGUUCAGCAGGAACAGCCCCAGAUCUUCACAACUUCCCCAGCCUUGAGGCUGUAACCAAGCUUGUAUGAACUGCACAUGCUCAGGCUGAAGCCUCAGAACCUUGCUGAUAACUGGCUCACAAUCCUCGUCCAAUCAGGUGAGGGGGCGGGCAAUAGGAGCUUUCCCCCAAGUCUCCACCCCCUAUUCAGUUGCUAACUGCCAGGCAAACAGCUCAGCAUGGAGAAAAGCAGCAGCAAAAUGCUUUGAAAAAAGAGUCCUGCGACUCCCGCCCCUCGCCAGUGAAAUGCGUCGCUCCCAUCAGCCCCUGUGUGCCGGUCAGUUCAUGGCGUGAGUCCUAACGUGGAACCCAGAGAUGCUGCAGACAGAAGGGAGAGAUGCCGCUAGGAAAAUGCCGUCCCAGUGGUCCCGCGACAACAGCGCCGAGAGCAAAGUUCCACAUAUGAGAAUGGACGAUGAAGCUGCCAUACAGCAAAUCUACACGUUUGGGGAGAAACUGGGCGAAGGAAACUUCGGGGUCGUGAUUGAAGCCACCCACAAAGAAACCGCCACCAAAUGGGCCAUGAAAAAAGUCAAUCGAGAAAAGGCUGGAAGUUCGGCAGUGAAGCUCCUGGAGAGGGAGGUUUCCAUUCUGAAGAAAGUUAAACAUGAGCACAUCAUUCACCUGGAGGAAGUAUUUGAAACUCCCAAGCGCAUGUAUCUGGUAACUGAGCUCUGUGAAGGGGGAGAACUCAGAGAAAUUCUGCACCGGAAAAAGUUCCUCUCCGAAACAGAAACCCGACAUGUCAUCCGCAGCCUCGGCUCCGCCAUAGCCUACCUGCACAGGAAAGGAAUCGUACACCGGGAUCUGAAGCUGGAGAAUAUUUUAGUGAAGAGCAUUGAUGGGGCAGACAAUAAGGACAUGAUCCUGAAUAUAAAGGUGACGGAUUUCGGGUUAUCGGUGCAGAAAGGGGGCGUUGGCAGUGAAAAUAUGUUGCAGUCCACCUGCGGGACCCCGAUAUACAUGGCCCCCGAAGUUAUCAACGAUCACGAAUAUAGCCAGCAGUGCGACAUCUGGAGCACGGGGGUCAUCAUGUACAUGCUGUUGUCCGGGAAUCCGCCAUUUUUGGGCCCCUCGGAGGAGAAGCUGUUUGAGCAAAUAAAGAGGGGGGAGCUGAAGUUUUCGGGCGCCGUGUGGCAGACCAUUAGCAACGCCGCAAAAGACGUAUUACGUCUCCUCCUGAAGGUGGACCCGGCACACAGGAUCACUGCGAAUGAACUGCUCGACAAUCCUUGGAUCACGGGUGAGACCUCCCUUGUUCAGAGACCAACCAACGUCCUGGAAUUGAUGAAUGAGUGGAAGAACCUUGAUGCAGAUGAGCUUAAUCACUUGGAUGAGAAUUCGAAUGGCUUGUCCUUGGCUCACCUCAUUGACAUCCCCACGGCGGAUGAAAGGACCAGUCCCGCUAGUAGUAACGGGACCUCUGAAAUAGGUCUGGACACUGAGACAGACAGUAGUAGCAGCAAGCCAUCCACUCCAACAAAUCAGGUGAACAAGAAAAAAGCUGUUUCUUCUUCCCUAACCAGCAGAACCGUUAAAAAGAAAAGUUCCACUCUCAAGCCUGCCAACUCUCCCUCAACAAAUGGAACCAUAUCUCCACGCUCUAAUCCAAGACGGACUUCAGAAAACCAAGAGAACUCCGGGGGAUCUCUAUCCCGGUCAUUCAGACAAGCCUCAAGCAGUGGGAAAAAUGAGUCUGGCAAACUGAAUGUAUCCACAAACAAUGGACUGGGACCGAAACUGACCCCAAGAGUUUCCCCGACCCCCAGAACUGCUGGAAUUAAAAAGGCUUCCUAGUGAAAAGGCCUUGCACACCAGCUCAUACGUGGGACUUGUAUUUGUGCCAAGGGGAAGGACCCCCAAUUCCCUGUGACCUUUGCUGCUGAGUAUUAACCAAUGACUUAAAUAUUCCCACUGAAACCAUAGAGGGGCCAGAAAGUUCCCUGACAGUGAAACCCUUGUAACCAAUGUUUGGGCAGAGAAAGUCCAAGAGUAAGUUGUACGGAUAGUCUUGUUAUAGGCAGACUCGAGUGGUGUUUUCAUAGCACCCACUAAUACCUUUAAUUCUGUGUCAUGACUUUUUUGCCCUUGUUUCGGUGCCUUUAUAUUUCUUUUUUUUAAUCGCCCUUCUCCUGUUAUGCUCCUUUUUGUAUUUCUCUGCUUUACACCCUCCUCUAUUCUCCCCCAACUGUUUGGCCUUACUCUCCCCCAUCCUCCCUCUUCUCUCCCCUUCUAUAUUUCUCCUCUCCCCCAUUUGUCUCUCUACUCCCUAACCCCCUUUCCCUUCUCUCCCU